GAAGGAUGCUUCCUACAGCGCAACUUCCGGGGCGGACUGGCCGUGGCUUCCGGCGCCAGGCACCGCGUUCACGCUGCUAGAAUGGCGGCCCCGCUGCUUCACACGCGCCUGCCCGGCGAUGUGGCGCCUACGGCCUCUGCCACGCUGAGUGCGUCGCGGACUGGACUUUCAGAUAUGCUUGCGUUAGAGAGUGAUUUCUUCAAUUCUCCCCCAAGAAAAACUGUUCGGUUUGGUGGAACUGUGACAGAAGUCUUACUGAAAUACAAAAAGGGUGAAACAAAUGACUUAGAAUUGUUGAAGAACCAGCUGUUAGAUCCUGACAUAAAGGAUGACCAGAUCAUUAACUGGCUGCUGGAAUUUCGUUCCUCUGUCAUGUACUUGACAAAAGACUUUGAACAACUUAUAAACAUAAUAUUGAGAUUGCCCUGGUUGAGUAGAAGUCAGACAGUGGUGGAGGAGUAUUUGGCUUUUCUUGGUAAUCUUGUGUCAGCACAGACUGUCUUCCUUAGACCGUGUCUCAGCAUGAUUGUUUCUCAUUUUGUACCUCCCCGAGUGAUUGUUAAGGAAGGUGGCGUAGAUGUUUCAGAUUCUGAUGAUGAAGAUGACAAUCUUCCUGCAAAUUUUGACACAUGUCACAGAGCCUUGCAAAUAAUAUCAAGAUAUGUCCCAUCGACACCAUGGUUUCUAAUGCCAAUAUUGGUAGACAAAUUUCCAUUUGUGAGAAAAUCAGAGAGAACUUUGGAAUGUUAUGUUCAUAACUUACUAAGGAUAAGUUUAUAUUUCCCAACUUUGAGGCGUGAAAUUCUGGAGCUUGUUAUUGAAAAGUUAUUGAAGUUAGAUGUGAGUGUUUCCCGGCAGGAUAUUGAAGAUGCUGAAGAGACUGAAGCUCAGACUUGUGAUGGGACAGAUACCACAGAAGGAUUGUUUGAUAUGGAUGAAGAUGAGGACCCUGAACCUGAAAGGAAAGCUGACCUGGAGCAGCCUAGCCAGAUGGUUCAUCCCACCGCAGAGCGCUUGGACAUCCUGUUCUCCUUGCUGCUGUCCUACAUUGAGGAUGUCUGCCGUGUGGAUGGUAAGAUUGAUAACAAUAAAACAAAGGAUUUAUACCGUGAUCUGAUAUCCAUCUUUGACAAACUCCUAUUGCCCACACAUGCUUCUUGCCAUGUACAAUUCUUCAUGUUUUUCCUUUGCAGCUUCAAAUUGGGAUUUGCAGAAGCAUUUUUGGAACAUCUCUGGAAAAAGUUGCAGGAUCCAAAUAACCCUGCCAUCAUCAGGCAAGCUGCUUCAAAUUACAUUGGGAGCUUUUUGGCAAGAGCUAAAUAUGUUCCUCUUAUCACUGUAAAGUCAUGCCUGGAUCUUUUGGUUAACUGGCUGCACAUGUACCUUGAUAACCAGGAUUCAGGAGCAAAGGCUUUCUGUGACGUUGCACUUCAUGGACCAUUUUAUUCAGCCUGCCAAGCUGUGUUCUAUAUUUUUGUUUUUAGACACAAGCAACUUUUGAGUGGCAACUUGAAGGAAGGUCUGCAGUAUCUUCAGAGUCUAAACUUUGAGCGUAUUGUGCUGAGCCAGCUAAACCCUCUGAAGAUCUGCCUGCCAUCAGUGGUUAAUUUUUUUGCUGCUGUCACUAAUAAAUACCAGCUCGUGUUCUGCUACACCAUCAUGGAGAGGAACAGUCGCCAGAUGCUCCCUGUUAUUAGAAGUACAGCUGGUGGGGACUCUGUGCAGACCUGUACCAACCCACUGGACACUUUCUUUCCCUUUGACCCUUGUGUGCUUAAGAGGUCAAAGAAGUUCAUUGAUCCUAUUUAUCAGAUUUGGGAAGACAUGAGUGCUGAAGAGCUGCAAGUGUUUAAGAAAGCCACUAAAGAGGACGUAGUUGAGGAUGAAGACGAUGACUUUUUGAAAGGUGAAGUGCCCCAGAGUGACACAGUGAUUGGCCUUACCCCGAGCUCGCUUGACACCCACUUCCGAAGCCCUUCCAGUAGCGUGGGCUCCCCACCUGUGCUGUAUAUGCCAGACCAGUCCCCAGUCAUCUCCAGGAUCUGUGAUUGAGCUGUACCACUGGACCCCACGUUAGACUAGUCUGUGCCUCCUAUGUCCAGCUUCUGUGUUGGACUUGGGCCAGUGCCUGAAGGGACCCAGGUUGUGUGUGUUUGCAGUUUGUUCCCUGUGGACAGAAGGAAAGACCCAGUGUCACAUGUAGUAUUUUAUAGUGGGCAUAGUAAUUGGUGCCCAUGCUUCAUGUGUCAGCUUAAUAUGUAGUAUAUGCCUGUAGCCUUCUGUGGAACUCCUGGGUGCAUGCCUGCAUCAGCCACAGCCUGGCAGGUGCCUUCUGACAGGGUUCUUUUCAUCAGAACCACAAUCACUUGACUGUGUUGGUCUUGUUUUGGUGAGAAUUUCUCCAGGAUCAGCCCUGCCUGUGAUACUCUUAACUGGAUCCUGCUUACAGUGGCAUAAUGGUUUCCUUGUGACUAGGAGUGUAUACUGUUGGGUACAGAGAGAAAUGCCAGGUAGCAGUGACAUGCUGAGUGUUACGGCUGUGUUCACUGAGGAAACAGAAGGACUGCAGAGGUACAAAGAAACUGGGAGGGAAGAGACGAUAUAGAGAAACACAGAAAGGCACCUGUGUAGAGUUCGGCAUUAGCUCAGCUGACUGAAGCAGGCCUGGGUGUCUAACCAUUCCAUAGGUUACACAGCAUGGACUCAGCCACGAGAGCAGUUUGUAUGUUAAAUAGCCAGCCUUGCUGGGUAACAGGUGUGGGCUGUGGAGGUGACCUUCCCUUGGAUCGUUACAUGUAAACUUUGGUGUUUGUGAAAAUGGCUCUUUAAGUAUAUUUAAUUUUUUGCCAUUUAUAUUUAUUUAAAGGUAAACAAUAUUUUCUUGGUCACAAUAUUUUUUAAUAGAAUUCCUUUCAAGGUUUAUAUACCCUUGUGUAAUAACACUGAUGUAGAAUCCCUGGGUUUCAGUCUACCUGUGAAUAUCUUUUUUGGAACAAAGAAAUUUUUAUUGCUUUAAAAACUUUCUAUGAGGCAGGCAAAUCCCUCAGUUCUAGGCCAGCCUUGGUGAAAAGUCAGUAGGAAAUCUCAAUGUAAUUCAUUCUCUGUCUCCUCUCUCUCUCCCUCCCUCCCUCCCUUCCUCUUUCCUUUCUUCUUUCUUUUGAGACAGGGUUUCUCUGUGUAGUCCUGGCUCUCCUGGGACUCACUCUGUAGGCCAGGCUGGGCUCAAACCCAGAGAGCCUGUCUCUAUCUCUGGGGUGCGGGGUACCACCACCACCCAGCUUACGGUUCUUUUUUUAAGUGCUGACAGAAAGAUGCAAGGAAAUUGCAUCUAUAGGUGCUGAUGGAAUAUUAGGUUUGGGAAGUAGCUAGAAUGUAGAAGGUAGAAGAUUACAAAGGGCUUUGAAAAAAAAAUUCAUUGUGAAAAUGAAAGAUUGGCAUGACUCACUUGGCUCCCCUACUCAUGCCAAUGGAGGGCUUUAAUAAAGUGUCUUGACAGUG